AUGGCCUCCGCGCUCCCCACCCACCUGAAGCCUGGCAACGCCGCCGACGACUUCGCCAGCCGUCACCAUGGCAAGACCCAGUCGCAUAUGGCUUUCGAGAACACCUCCACUUCCGUUGCUGCAUCGCAGAUGCGCAAUGCCCUCAACCAGCUGUGCGACACCGUCAAGGACCCCGCUGAGAAGCAGAGGUUCGAGACUGAGAUGGACAACUUCUUCGCUCUGUUCCGCAGGUACCUGAAUGACAAGGCGAAGGGCAACGCCAUCGAGUGGUCCCGCAUCGCUCCCCCCAAGCCCGAGCAGGUCGUCAACUACGCCGACCUUGCCAACAGCGAGUCGGUCGAGUACCUGAACAAGCUCGCCGUUGUCAAGCUCAACGGUGGUCUUGGUACCUCCAUGGGUUGCGUUGGUCCUAAGUCCGUUAUCGAGGUCCGUGACGGCAUGUCCUUCCUGGACCUGUCUGUCCGCCAGAUCGAGUACCUGAACAGGACGUACAACGUCAACGUUCCCUUCGUCCUGAUGAACUCGUUCAACACGGACUCGGACACCGCCAACAUCAUCAAGAAGUACGAGGGUCACAACAUUGACAUUAUGACCUUCAACCAGUCCAAGUACCCCCGUGUGCUGAAGGACUCUCUUCUGCCCGCGCCCAAGUCUGUUGACUCGCAGAUCUCCGACUGGUACCCCCCCGGUCACGGUGACGUCUUCGAGUCGCUGUACAACUCGGGCAUUCUCGACAAGCUGAUUGACCGCGGCAUCGAGAUCAUCUUCCUGUCAAACGCCGACAACCUGGGUGCCGUCGUUGACCUCCGCAUCCUGCAGCACAUGGUUGACACCAAGUCCGAGUACAUCAUGGAGCUGACGGACAAGACCAAGGCCGAUGUCAAGGGUGGUACCAUCAUCGACUACGAGGGUUCCGUCCGUCUGCUUGAAAUCGCGCAGGUGCCCAAGGAGCACGUCAACGAGUUCAAGUCGAUCAAGAAGUUCAAGUACUUCAACACCAACAACAUCUGGAUGAACCUCAAGGCCAUCAAGCGCGUUGUCGAGAACAAUGAGCUGGCCAUGGAGAUCAUCCCCAACGGCAAGUCCAUCCCUGCCGACAAGAAGGGCGAGGCCGACCUGUCGGUCAUCCAGCUCGAGACGGCGGUCGGUGCUGCCAUCCGCCACUUCAACAACGCCCACGGUGUCAACGUUCCCAGGAGGCGUUUCUUGCCCGUCAAGACGUGCUCUGACCUGAUGCUCGUCAAGUCGGAUCUGUAUACUCUGCAGCACGGCCAGCUCGUCAUGGACCCCAACCGCUUCGGCCCCGCUCCCCUGAUCAAGCUCGGCUCGGACUUCAAGAAGGUGUCGAGCUUCCAGGCUCGCAUCCCCAGCAUCCCCAAGAUUGUCGAGCUUGACCACCUGACCAUUACGGGUGCGGUCAACCUGGGCCGCGGCGUGACGCUGAAGGGCACGGUUAUCAUUGUGGCGACGGAGGGCAGCACGAUCGACGUUCCUCCCGGAUCGAUCCUGGAGAACGUUGUCGUGCAGGGUAGCUUGAGGCUGCUGGAGCACUAG